ACCGACCUGAACCAUGGCCGCUCUAUUGAAGCAGCCGUUGAAACUAGCCCUGGUGCAGCUCGCCUCCGGCGCGGACAAAGCCGUUAAUUUGGCCCACGCUCGCACUAAGGUCCUUGAGGCAGCACAGGCUGGAGCCAAGCUCAUCGUCCUCCCGGAAUGCUUCAACUCGCCAUACGGAACCCAAUACUUUCCCAAGUACGCCGAGACUCUUGUUCCUUCGCCUCCUACCGAAGAUCAAUCUCCUUCCUAUCAUGCCCUGUCAGCCAUUGCUGCCGAGGCCAAGGCCUACCUCGUAGGAGGUAGCAUCCCCGAACUGGAACCCACAACGAAGAAAUACUAUAACACAUCCCUCGUGUUCUCCCCCACUGGGUCGUUAAUAGGGACCCACCGCAAGACCCAUCUGUUCGACAUCGACAUCCCAGGAAAGAUCACAUUCAAGGAGAGCGAGGUCCUAUCGCCCGGACACCAGUUGACAAUUGUUGAUCUUCCCGACUAUGGAAAGAUCGGUGUUGCCAUCUGUUACGAUAUCCGUUUCCCGGAGGCGGCCAUGAUUGCUGCGCGAAAGGGCGCUUUCGCACUCAUCUACCCGGGCGCUUUCAACAUGACUACUGGUCCCAUGCACUGGUCUCUGUUGGCACGCGCUCGUGCAGUGGAUAACCAGGUGUAUGUGGGGCUGUGUAGCCCGGCGCGCGAUAUGGAUGCCACUUACCACGCAUGGGGUCACAGUUUGAUAACCAACCCAGCUGCGGAAGUCCUGGUAGAAGCGGAGGAUAAAGAGACUAUUGUCUAUGCUGAUCUGGAUAAUGACAGUAUUCAAAGCAUACGGAAAGGCAUUCCUGUCUAUACACAGAGGCGGUUUGACCUGUACCCCGAUGGGCUCCGGGACGAUAAGCGAGACACACUGAAUUUCGACGAGGAAAAACGAGAGCCGUCCGAAAAUCUUCAAUACUCACGACAGCACUUCAGCCAACGACAGCCGACGCCUCAAAUGUCCACCACCGUUCAGACCGGCAAGAAGCAGCGCUCGGCCAUCGCCGAUGUCGUCUCGCGCGAGUACACCAUCAACAUGCACAAGAGAUUGCACGGUGUUUCCUUCAAGAAGCGUGCUCCUCGUGCUAUCAAGGAGAUCAAGGCCUUCACUGAGCGUGCUAUGGGCACCAAGGAUGUCCGCGUCGACCCCCAGUUGAACAAGAAGGUCUGGGAGGCCGGUGUCAAGGGCGUUCCUUACCGUCUCCGUGUCCGCAUCUCCCGUAAGCGUAACGACGAGGAGGGCGCCAAGGAGAAGCUCUACUCCAUGGUCUACGCCGUCAACGUCAAGGAGACCAAGGGUCUUCACACCGCUGUCGUCGACGAGGAGUAAACUGGGAAAAUCUUCUUCAUUUCCAUAUUAGAUAUACCUUUUGUUACUCUAUGAAAUGAUGGGGUUUCUCUGUUUUUACGAUACCGUCCGGGUCGGGUCUUGCUCGGUUGGGUUGGAACAUUUAAAUUAAAAAAAUCGGAAAAGUUUCUUUCCCUGUC